AAAAUGUUAAGUGCAUACUUAUCGGUAAUUUUGAUUGCCGUGUUGGCCGGAGUCAAUGUUGUUUGUGCCACCGUGUCCAUUACACGAUAUCAUAAAGGAGAUAUAUUUGAACUGUCAGAUAUGAAAUGUUCUAUAGAAACGUGUAUUGGAACAAGUAGUGGUACUGCAUCGUUACUACAAUCAGACACUUCAAGAAUAGUAAUGGGCAAGAGUGUCAUCAGCGAAGAAAAUGUAGCAGGUAGUCGAAGCAGACUAUCCACAUUACCUAUGGGAUGUCAAUGUCAAUGCAUACAGCCUAUGCCAAUAUUUAGGGAUGAUAUGCAUAUAUGCGUCGAUGACCUACAAGAAUGUUCAUUAGCAUCAUUUGUAUCUGGAACAACGGUACAAAAAAUACCUUACGUUUUUCUACCCCUACAAGGACAAAUUGUGUACCCAAGUGCAGAAAUUAAAAUUGCUGGUAUGCAGUAUCCUAUGUGUGCUAUUUCAAGAGCUAAAUUUUUAACUCGAAGUGGUUGGGUUAAUUUUAAGAACCAAUCAGAUUUUGAAACUCCAUUCCAAAUACAUCGUGAAAAUGGACAUAUUAUGCUUCUAUGGAUGGGUAAUUUACAGUUAAGAUCUAGUGUUGAAGGUCGUUUAGUUUUGGUAGAAAUGAUUUGUAAGGAAUCAAUACAAGAUUAUGAAGAUAAUGCUCCACAAACUGUUACUCCUUGUAUUUCAUUUCGAAUAGCAGGAACACCGAGUGUAAAGGAAGUUCUAUUUUCUACGGAUAGUAAAACAUCAGAACAUACACCCAGCAAUGGAUUGACUAUUAGUGAACUUGUCACUAUUGGAAUAUGUUCUGUUCUACUCGGUUUAAUGUAUGUAGCUUCUAUUUUAUUGUUCUUACACGUGCGCAAAAGACGUUCAAAAGAAAGAACUGACGAUGUAGAAAAAUUUAAUAAUCCUAAUGUAUCUAAGGAAAUAUCUGAAGAAGGAAUAGUGAAAAAUAAUCCACUUCUACAACAUAAUUAUAAUGAUAACGAAUCAUUUGAACCAGAUGAUGACAAUAUUUAUAAUAUACAUUCACCUGAGGAAACUGAUACUUUAGAAAUUGUAGAGAGAAGUUAUAAAAAUAGAAGUUUAACAACGGCCAUAGUGCACCCCAAUCAAUUACACAGGUCAUUUAUUAAACAUUCUGUAUCUACGUAUAACUCUGAUUCGAAUUCAAUCGAAAAACAUCCAGAGGAAGAUGUAUCGAUAGUUGAAACGCUGGAAAAUAAAGAAGAUCAAUGUGAUAAUAUUAGAUCUAUUGUAUGUGCUAAUCCAAGAAGAAAACUUUAUUUUAACCCAGCUUAUUUUCAACCCGAGCUACUCUUAGCACCACCGCCAGCAGCACUGGAAUUUUUAGAUAAGAUUCGAGAAGUUAUAUAUGAAGCAAAAAGGAAAAUCGCAAUGAAAAAAUUUACGCCUAAUCUUAUUGUUAUUCAAGAAGAUAAAUAUGAAGAAUCCAAUGACAAAUCAUCCUCUUGUAAUAAAUGUAAUGAUCAGUUUAAAAUUAAAUCAGAUACGAUUCAAAAGUGGUUAAUGGAUGUCCCAACAGAAGUAACCAAGAAUCAGUUACUAACAAAAUCUAUUAGCCCCAAUACAACAGUUUAUGCGAACUCGAAAGAUCUAACUAUUGAGUUAUUCAAACAAGACGAACUAAAAGUGGACAUAAAAGUUUUUAAUGAUAUUGAUGACGACAAUGAAGAAGACGCAAGUACAAAUAUUGAAUGUGACAGUUUAGAGAGGUCAACGAUACACAAGCAAAAAAGUGGUUACCACACCCCAUCCGAAUACGGAAAUCCAAGACAGGAAUUAAGUCCUGUUUUGAGUAAUUCAUCGUUACCACUAGAAGAAGAACUUACAAUAAAUACAUCAUAUACUUACGAUACUGUCACAAAAAGAGAAAGUUAUUACGAUCAUAUAUCUGGUCCGGAUUGUGUACGUGAAAAGCCUAAAAAGGAAAUUCUUCCUGAUAUAUUGAACAGGUCCUUUGAAUGUUAUAAUUUAGUUAGUGAAGUUUAUGUAAAUGAUGGAUUCAGCACGAGUUUAUCACCAUAUAAUACUUUAGGUAAUAAUAUUAAGAAGAAAAGUCCUGGUCAAAUCACUAUUGAGGUUGAAGAUUGUCCAGAUAAUCACCCAGUCGAAGAUUCUGAUCAUUUUGAACCCGAUACAUUAGAUCGAAUUAGUAAGAAAAAUUACGAUUUUAAGAGCCCACUUAAGCCUGUGUAUUCGACAGAUUUUUUUGAAAUAACAGUAUCGUCCAACCAAAAACCUAUUAAAAAUGGGUUGAAUAGUUUGUUAGAAAUUUACGAAGCUAAAAGCGUUAUAGCUGAUGUCCAAAAACGUUGGAAUAUAUCAGACAAUAACAACUACUUGAUGCCCGAUCCAAAACAUAGUAGACGGCAGAGAUGCCCAUCGCCACCUCCAAUACAAAAUCAUCCAAAAAACGUGUGUGUCAGAAGCACUAGCAAGCACGGAGCUAUGCAUGUGGGAUGUUUAAGCUCUCAAAAUGGUAUUAAGCAAAUUAAUGAUAACAUAGCUAGUGCUUCUGACAAACGAGUAAAUGUUUUGCAAAACGAUGUUCAUAAAUACGAAGAUUCUGGUUAUCUUAGUACUGAAUCCGGCGAAUCAUUUAGUAAAUCUGUAGCUAUAGGAUUGGAUACCGAUGAGUCUGGCGCAGAGAGCAUAGAUACUGAUUUUAAGUACUUUAAAGUACAUAGAAAUCGUAAUUACUGUGAUUGGUAAAAUUAAUACAUCAAAAUAUUUUGUUUAUUUAUUAAUUAUAAUGAUUACCAAAAUUAGAUUAGUAUAUACAGAGUGAUCGGUUUAUUAUAAACCGCUCAAUUACUCACAAAAUAAAUACAAUAUUGGAAAAAUAAUUUUUGAUUUCUUCCAUAUAAUUCUUGAUUUAUCAGUUAAUAGUUAUUUUUUUAGGAUUAUCCCUUAUUUUUAAUUUUUUAAAUGGAAAAAUACAUAUUUAACCAGCUUAUAAAUAGAAAAUAGUCUAAUUAAAAAAAUGAUUGGUCAAUAACAACUUUUGGAUCAGAACUUUGGAUAUUAUUCUCAUUUUUAUAUCUAGGCGGGUUGAAGAGUAUAGCCGGUAAAUGACUAGUGUUAUAAAAGCAGCACACAUUCCUCACCUUCGGUCAUUACUUUAAAUUACAAAAAUGUUACAUAAGGGAUGAUCCUAAAAAGUAUUUAUUAGCUGAUAAAUCAAGAACUAUAUGUAAGAAAUCAAAAAUUAUUUUACGAGUAAUCGAGAGGUUUAUGAUAAAUCGAUCAUUCUGUGUAGGUUAUUAUUGAUAACUCCAUACUAUUACAAUUUUUAACUUUCAUUUUAAUUAUUGUAUAGAUUGUAUAUAACCGAUUUCAUCUCAUAAUUAUUGUCAA